AUGGAAGCAGAUGGUAUUCUUGAAGGCUUUUCAAGUAGUAUAAACAUGCACGGGCUGAAGUAUAACAAGCUUAUUGGCGAUGGUGACAGAAGUGUGACCAAAAAGUUGAACGAAGUUUUACCAUAUGGCAGUAAUUUUCAAAUUAAAAAAAUAGAAUGCAAGAAUCAUCUGUUAAGGAAUUAUGGUACAAAGUUGACCGCGCUUACAAAACAGACAAAAUAUUCAAUAGUCAUUCGAAAAUUUAUAACAUCGAAUAUUUUGCGUUUCCGUUCGGAUAUAACCAAGUCAAUUGAUUAUCAUACAAACACUGAUGUGCCUAUUCACAACAAAGUUGAAGCACUUAGAAGAGAUAUUUCCAAUAGCAUAUAUCACAGAUUAGGACAACAUAGUAAUUGUGCUAAGUACUUCUGCUCUGGUUCAAAAAAUGGAGAACCAAAUUUGGUACCUCAAGCAGAGGCAACGGGGAUAAUGACGGAUAUGCGAAAUAUAGUUUAUAGGCUCACUAUAAACGCCGAUAGUUUGAUAGAAAACGUAGAUAAUAAUCCAUGUGAGCAAUUUAAUUCUAUCAUAAAUAAACACAUUGGUGCAAAAAGAAUAAAUUUUACGCAAGGACACAACUAUCAGACUAGAGUUAAAGCAGCUGUGGUUGCAUACAACUCCAAAAACUACAUCCGAGCUGUACACAAAAAAAUUAUGACUAAAAGUCCAGGUAAAUUUGGUAAACGUUAUAUAAAAAAUAUAGAACGUAUUAGAAACAAAACGAUAUCAAGAAGAAGAAAAUUAUUUGAUGAAGGGCACAAACGAACUAAGCCAAAAUCAAAAUUCAGUGGACCCGAUGUCGAUUAUGGGCUAGCUGAACCGUUGGAUAAUUAUAAUCAAUUUUCGUAUUUAGCUGCAAGUCCUGACGGAGUAAUUGAUGAAAAUGCAAUAGUGGAGAUUAAGUGUCCAUACGCGGCAAAAGAUUCAUUAAGUGCAGUGAAGCGGUUCAAAAUAAAAUGUUACAGUACUGCAGAAUAG